AUUAAAAAAGAAUUAAAUAAUUUUGAUGUUUGCAUUUAUGAUUUCGAAAUAUUUAUAGUUACGGCCUUACCGUGUCAUCGGUCAUGAUACAAAAUAACUGUGAUGUCUAGCAUAAGCAUUGCAACAGCGGCUUUGGUUCACGUAUUACAAAUUAACUGAUACUAUUUAUUUUUGGAAAACAAGUGCAAGUUGACAAAAUGUCUGACAAAACUGAAGAAAAAUCAGUCAUGAAAGAGAAGAUGGUUUUAAAAAAUAAUCAUAUUUUAACCGUUCUUUUUAUCACCCUUGCUAUACCAUUAUCAAUGUCAAUGUGGAUUAUAAAUCUACUUUAUUCAAAAUUAAUAUUAAAUACACAGGGACUUGAUGAACCCAUAGUCAUAUCACCAGCAAGAUGGUUAGCUUCUUGCUUAAUACCUAUUCCUAUAGCAGUGUCAGGUUACAGAAAGAAAAGUUUGAAUAUGAGUGGAGCUCUUUUGGGAUUAGUAGUAGCAUUUGUAUUGAUUUUGGCCAAUUAUUGUUUUUUGGCAGACUUGCUAAUAUUUUUCUUAUCAUCAUCAAAGGUAACACAUUUUAGACCUCACAUAAAACGAAAGUUUGAAGAAGAUUUUAAAGAAGGUGGUCAAAGAAAUUGGAUACAAGUACUAUGCAAUGGUGGCAUGGCUACCCAACUUGGACUUCUUUAUUUAUUAGAUGUUGGUGCAUCUGAAAGACCAAUUGAUUUUGUAAAUGACUACAGGGCUUCUUGGCUCAGUAUUGGUGUACUUGGCGCAUUCGCCUGUUGCAAUGGUGAUACUUGGGCUUCAGAAUUGGGAACAGUUUUAAGUAUAUCUGAUCCAGUUUUAAUUACAACAUGGAAGAAAGUGCCUAAAGGCACUAAUGGAGGAGUAACUCUCAUUGGAACAAUCAUUAGUACUGUAGGAGGGCUUGUGAUUGGGUUAUCUCACUAUUUAACUAUGUUGUACUUCACAGACAGAGAUUUAUUGAUGUAUGCACCUCCUCAAUGGCCAAUUAUUCUAUAUGGAGGCUUGGCAGGUUUUCUUGGAAGCUUAAUAGAUUCUAUUCUGGGUGCAACUCUACAAUAUUCUGGUAUAGAUAAUGAUGGAAAAAUUGUUUCACACUCAAGUUUAACAGUGAAACAUAUAAGUGGAAGAAACAUACUGGACAAUCACAGUGUAAAUUUAUUGUCAACAAUAAUAAUAGGUUUAUUGAUGCCAACUAUAGUUAAAAACUUAUAGUUUUUAUCAGCUGUAAACUUUAUUUUUACUUAAUUGAAAUGUUGAUAAUUUUGUAAAUGUGACUUUCAAAGUUAUUGAAAUUCUUUUAUCUUUAUCUCAACUUGUUUAAAAAAUCCAAGUACUUAUAAUAUAAUAAAUAAUAUAUAUAUAUA